AAUUUGCACAUAACGAUAAUGACGACGCGUAAACGGACAGAUUUUUGGGACAUUCCGUCCGACGAGGAAGAUAACGAUGCCGGCUACGAUUCCGAAGCCGCCCAGGAAUCAAAAGGCAGAAGCAGCGUAUCGAAAUCUACGACGGCACCAUCGAGGUUGCGGCGGCCGUCUAAACGAAGAAAACUCUCUAUUACCGAACAUGGGGGGGGAAGUGACAAUGGAUCUGGAUCGGAGAGUGAAGACGAGGGGAUAGACACUGAGUCGGAUGAGCCGGAACAAGAAGAACAAAUCGAAGAGGGAGAGCAAGAAGACGAAGAAGCAGAAUCUCCGAUCGAGCCCACCAGCAAAUCCACACCGGCAGCAACAGCAACCACUACAACCUCAUCUACAGACAUCGAUACAACUCCUUCGACGGCGUCUAAUCCAAAAUUAAAACCCAAAAAGAACAAAACCGGCGUCAUCUACUUCUCCUCGCUCCCGCCAUACCUCAAACCAUUCGCUUUAAAAUCCCUACUCAUAGCCCGCGGUUUCGGACCUAUAACCAAGAUCUUUCUUACUCCAUCUGUGCAAUCUAGCAGCGCCGGGAAACGGAGCAACAAGCGCCGCAUGUACUCAGAUGGCUGGGUAGAAUUCGCGUCCAAACGCACAGCGAAGAUUUGCGCCGAGACGCUCAACGCCACGAUCGUGGGCGGUAAGAAGGGCGGGUGGUAUCAUGAUGAUGUGUGGAAUAUGAAGUACCUGCGGGGAUUCAAGUGGGCGGAUUUGAUGGAGCAGGUGCAGCGGGAGAGAAAGGAGGCGGAGGCUAGGAGGAGGGUUGAAGACGCGAAGGCAAGGAAGGAGGAGAAGGUGUUUUUGGCUGGGGUGGAGAAGGGCAAGGUUUUUGAAGGGAUUAGGAAGAAAAGAGAGGAGAAAGAGAAAAAGCUGCGUGCUGGCGGCGAGGGAGAUAUGGGGGAUGGGGGUAAGGUUAGCUUGGACAAGCCAAGGAGAGUGUUUAGGCAGAAUGAGGUUCGGGAUAGGGAGAAGGACGGAGUGAGAAAGGAGCGCAAGGUAGAUGAGGAUAUCCAGAGGGUGCUUGCGAAGAUUUUCUGAAUUUAAUGGGAGACAAAUACAAGAAUGACUGGCAUUGGGUUGGCAUAUUUUGCUUUAAAUAGACAUGGAUAUCCAAGAUGUCGGCGGAGCGUUUU